AUGUCUGAGAGCCGGCGUGGAAAUAGAGGUAGAGGUAGAGCCAGUCCUGUGGCAGCCACACCGGGGACCACCGAAAGUGGCCAAUCACUGGAUGGGGUCUUUCGUGCUUUAGGCGACAUGACAGCCAUUCUUGGACAACAUAUUCGUCGUGAUAAUAGAGGAGCCGCCCAAGUUGCGCAGGAUGACAUUGGUGGCUUAAUAGAGAAAUUUAAGAGAUUGAAGCCGCCUACUUUUGAGGGUUUGUCGGACCCUAUGGAGGCAAAAAAGUGGAAAAAGCAAAUAGAGAAGAUAUUCACUGUUUUAGGAUGUGAUGAGGAGCACAAGGUUACACUUGCGGUUUUCAUGUUAGAGGGAGAGGCCGACCACUGGUGGGAGACAAUUGCUAGAACAAUUGAAGAAGAUACUGCAUGGAUAUGGGAUAUGUUCUGUGAGAAGUUCAAUGAGAAAUACUUUCCUGAGUAUGUACAGGAGCAAAAAGUAAAGGAAUUCAUAAGCUUAGAACAGGGGGAGAUGACUGUAGGCCAGUAUGAGUCUAAAUUUACUGAAUUAUCUCGUUUUGCCCCAUUUAUGAUUCAGGAUGAAGCUCGCAAAGCUAAGAAGUUUGAGCGAGGUCUGAGAGGGUCAAUUCGUAACAAGUUGACUCUACUUAAGCUUAGAUUGUAUGCCGAUGUAGUAGAACGGGCUCUAAGGAUAGAGCGAGACAACGAAGAAUUCUGA